AUGGCAACUCUAACAGCGACACCUAUGGUCAUACUCGAAGAAGCAAAGAAACAGUUCCAAGAAGAUGGCAAACUAAAUGUGCAACUUCUUGAUCAGGUGGUAACAAUGAUGAAUCGGGCCACCGGUGAGGAACAGAAAUUGGCUAAUAUGAUCCUUGUUGAACUCAAAGAAAAUCCAAAUUCAUGGACCAAGGUGGACGCAAUUUUGGAAUACUCGGACCUCGCGGAAUCGAAGUACUUUGCUCUGCAAAUUCUCGAAUCCGUCAUUCAAACGAAAUGGAAAUCACUGCCUCUUGUGCAGCGCGAUGGUAUAAAAGGUUUCAUAGUGCAAUUCAUCCUGAAGCUCAGCGAAUCACGUGUCGAGUCGGAGAAGAAUUCGCUGCUGCUGCACAAGCUAAAUCUUGUACUUGUACAGAUUGUAAAGCAAGAUUGGCCAAAGAACUGGCCUUCCUUCAUCACAGAUAUUGUCGAGUCAUCGAAGACGAAUGAUAACAUUUGUGUGAAUAAUAUGAAUAUCUUGAGUCUGCUGAGCGAGGAAGUUUUUGAUUUUGGAAGUCAAAACCUAACUCAAGCUAAGGAGCAACAUUUAAAGCAGCAGUUUUGCGGACAGUUUCAGGAGGUGUUUACCCUGUGCAUAACCAUCCUCGAAAAAUGCCCUGCAAAUUCGAUCGUGGAAGCGACUUUAAAAACUUUGCAUCGUUUUCUAUCAUGGAUACCUGUGGGGUAUGUGUUUGAGACGAACAUUACGCAAUUACUAAGCGAGAAUUUUCUAUCACUGGAAGUAUACCGAGUAGUGACGUUACAAUGUCUAACGGAGAUCUCGAUGAUACAAAUCGAAGCCGAGGACAACGCAUACAAGGAAAAACUUUGCGCGAUGUUCUGCGCAACUAUCAAGGAGAUUGGGAGCUUACUUGGUGAACGAGCAGAUCUCGCUACAGCCUAUCAAAAAGGAAGUGACCAAGAUCAAAAGUUCAUUUCCUGUUUGGCGCAGUUUCUUGUUGCUUUCCUUAAAGAUCACUCUGCUCUUGUCGAGAACUACAAUCCCGCCUGUCCACAAGUCACUGAAUACCACAAGUAUGCAAUAGAACUCCUCUUGUCGAUCAGUCAAGUCGAAGAUGUGGAAAUUUUCAAGGUGUGUCUCGAUUAUUGGUGUGCCCUGACGUCUGAAUUAUAUCGCCUGAACCCAUUUACACCACCAUCCCCACCGAUCGCAAUCUCAUUCUCUUGUGGAGCUGCGGUUGGUGGGAAAGAACAUCCUAGGAGAAAGCUGUAUAAAGAACACUUAUCGAAUCUUCGAACAAUUAUGAUCUCCCGGAUGGCAAAACCGGAGGAAGUGUUGGUUGUUGAAAACGAUCAGGGAGAGGUUGUGCGUGAGAUUGUCAAGGACACGGACUCAAUCACAUUGUACAAGAACAUGCGCGAGUGUCUUGUAUAUUUGACUCAUCUGGACUGUAAAGAUACAGAACAGAAGAUGACCGACAAACUAGCCAGCCAGGUUAAUGGAUCCGAGUUUUCAUGGAAGAACUUGAAUACGCUUUGCUGGGCUGUUGGAUCAAUCUCGGGCACAAUGGUCGAAGAGGACGAAAAGCGCUUUCUUGUUUUAGUGAUUAGAGAUCUACUUGGUUUGUGUGAACAGAAGCGAGGAAAGGACAAUAAAGCAGUGAUCGCGUCAAAUAUUAUGUACGUUGUUGGUCAGUAUCCUCGGUUUCUAAGGGCACAUUGGAAGUUCUUAAAGACGGUAAUCAACAAAUUGUUCGAGUUCAUGCACGAAACCCAUGAAGGCGUUCAAGAUAUGGCCUGUGAUACUUUCAUAAAAAUUGCAAUGAAAUGCAAGCGACAUUUUGUCAUUAUGCAAGUUGGUGAGCAGACUCCUUUCAUUGACGAAAUGUUGAAAAAUCUCAGUGGUAUCAUAUGCGACCUCGCUCCAUCUCAGGUUCACGUGUUCUACGAAGCCGUAGGUCACAUUAUCUCGUCAGCUAGCGAUGAACCCGAUCAACAAGCUGACCUCAUUGAAAAGCUCAUGGCACUACCUAAUUCAGUUUGGGAUGAGAUCAUCUCAAGUGCGGGCGAAAAUAUGUCUGUCUUGGAAGAUCCGGAAGUGACACGAAAUCUUCUGAACAUUCUGAAAACGAAUGUUGCUUGCUGUAAAGCAGCAGGAAAUCCGUUCAUCACACAACUAAGCCGUUUGUACAUUGAUCUACUUUCCCUCUAUCGUAUACUGUCUGAAAGGGUAUCCGUAGCAGUUGAGCAGAAUGGGCAGGAAGUACUGAAGAUGCCUUUGCUUAAAACGAUGCGUGCUGUAAAACGUGAAAUUUUGAUAUUGAUUUCAACGUGGGUGGCCAGCGCUAAGGACCGACAGAUGGUCUUAGAGAACAUAGUUCCACCGUUAUUUGACGCUGUGUUGUUUGACUAUCAAAAGAAUGUUCCUGCUGCAAGAGAACCGAAAGUUCUCUCACUUCUCAGCAUCAUUGUCACUAAACUUGGUUCAAUGUUAGCUUCACAAGUGCCUCAAAUCCUCGCGGCGGUAUUCGAGUGUACACUGGAGAUGAUCAAUAAAGAUAUGGAAGCUUUCCCAGAGCAUCGCACGAAUUUCUUCCAACUUAUUCAUGCAUUGACAGUGGAAUGCUUCCCGGUUUUCCUUGCCCUUCCUCAGGAACAACUCAGUUACAUUAUUGACGCUGUGGUAUGGGCGUUUCAGCAUUCAAUGCGUAACGUGGCAGAGAUCGGUUUGGAUAUUCUAAAGGAUAUGCUUGAUCGAGUAGAACAUCUUCCACGAGAUCAAUCGCAACCGUUCUACAAACGUUUUUACAUGCAGAUCUUGCAACACGUGUUAGCAGUUGUUGCUGAUAGCAGUCAAGUCCAUGUGGCUGGUCUGACGUACUAUGCUGAAGUGUUGUGUAGACUGUUCAAAGCAUGCGAAUUCCUGAUUACGGUGCCUUUGAAUGAUGAAAAUCCGAAACAGAGCAACGUCGAUUACAUCUACGAGUACAUCGCCAGCAUAUUUGUUCAGCAUUUCACUAAUCUUACUGAGGCUCAAAUUCGUGUCAUCAUCAAAGGAUUCUUCAGCUUCAAUACAGAUCAAGGCGGAAUGCGCAAUCAUUUGCGCGACUUUCUUGUUCAAAUCAAGGAAUUUAACGGCGAAGAUACGUCAGAUUUGUUCCUUGAAGAGAGAGAAGCCGAGAUCCAAGCAGUUCAAGCAAAGAAGAACGCUAUCCCAGGUAUGUGUGAUCCGAAUAAUAUAGCCGACGAGGAUGAAAUGCGUUGA